GGUCGUGCCAUAAUGUUCCAGGAUAGCAAAAUCUCGCGAAGUAUAUCAAUUUGAUUACCGCCACUCGUUACGCAUUCGAAUCAUUAUACCACGACUCAGCCAAGCGAACAGACAAAGCUACGAAGGCGACCCGAAUAAAGGAGCAAGAAAGACAGUGAUCGUGCCCACCCGACGCCAGGCUUAGACAAGACUCCUCGAACUCCAACCCAUCCCUCUUUAAUCCAAGUACUGAGAAGUCCGAGGACAGACGAAAUGCGCCUCUCAGCCUUCCCCUUCCUCCUCUUCACCACCCUCGCAUUAUGUCAAAGUGCACCAAUAUGCGAGUACGAAGUCUGCGCCGACCACCUCACCACCGUCCCACCAAAUUGGGUCACCUACGACUCCCUACUCGCCGGGCCCAUAACCACGAAAGAAAAGAUCACAAUCACACAUUUCUACCAUACGUCCGACUACAGUGGUCGAUGGGACGUGGAGUGGCAAUGCGCGGCGGGCACCGCGGAGUUCAAGCCUGGCACGAAGACGCAGACGUAUAGACAUUUGGCGAAUGGGGUGCUGCCUGCUGCUGUAGGGAUUAAGUGCUAGGGAUUUCUAGGGAAGCGGCAGGGAAAAGGGAUAGUUUGUAGUUAUGUUCGGGGUAGCGAAGCCGCUGAUGGUGAUCAGCAGGUGGAAGGAGAUGUAGAAGAGCUGUUUCUUUCCUUUUCUUCCUGAGAGUAUACAGCGUAUUGUACAAUUCUUCGUUUGUUGCG